GCAGCAUUUUGAACAAUUAAUUUGCCAGCAGCAGCGGUUCAGCCAGGCAGCAGCGGUUCAGCAAGGCAGCAGCUUCAGAAAACGGACUACAGCUCAAAAUGCCCGUAGAUUUAAGCCAGUGGGGCGGCUCUCUUGCCCUGCAGGAGGUCGAGGAAAAGCCAGCACAGCCUCUGAAAAUUAAAUACGACUCUGUGGAAAUCGACGAACUCGGCAAAGUGCUCACGCCAACACAGGUGCAGAAUCGACCCACCUGCGUCGAGUGGGAAGGAUGUGACUCCAGUAAGAUGUACACUCUGGCCCUGACCGACCCUGACGCUCCCAGCCGGAAAGACCCAAAAUUCAGGGAGUGGCACCACUUCCUGGUGGUCAACAUGAAAGGGAACGAUGUGUCCUCUGGCUGCGUCAUGUCGGACUACGUGGGUUCUGGUCCUCCUAAGGGCACAGGUCUCCACAGGUAUGUGUGGCUGGUGUACGAGCAGCCAGGCACCCUGUCCUGCUCUGAGACCGUCCUCACCAACUGCUCUGGAGACGGCCGUGGCAAGUUCAAGCUCCAGAGCUUCAGGCAGAAAUACAAGCUGGGAGCCCCUGUGGCGGGAACCUGCUACCAGGCCGAGUGGGACGACUACGUUCCCAGACUGUACGAGCAGCUGGCUGGAAAAUAAAAGACUCGACUCUAGACCGCUCACUAUUAGGAAUUCCCAUGUAGGCUGGUGGUCUUGAGCAAACUCCCACUCAUGCAACAGGCAAAAAAAACCCAACAUUUACACAGCAUUCUUUUUUCGUGUGUGCCACUGAAUAGUAUUUUCUUUUCCUGCUGCUGCCAACCCAUGCUGGGACACAAAUAACUCCUCAAUAAUGUCACCUACACCCAUCUACAAUAAAUCUGUUCAACACUGAAAA